AUGUUUUUGUUUACUAGCGAUUGCUCCUCAAUGGGCUGUGAACAAUAGCAACCGACAUUCGAUACUAAUCUUUCAUUAGGUUUCCCAGAACAUUCAAAUUCAAAAACUAGAAAUUUUUAAGCAAUAUCAGAACAUUUUGGGUGUUUAGGACUCAAAGAAAUGAGUAAAACUGUUUGUGAAAUCAUAAAAAACCAAAAAAAAACAAAUUUAUAAUUAAUUUUAUCAGAAAUUAAGAAAUUACAUCCAUAAAGUACAAAUACUGUAAAUCAAUCUAGAAGGGUUUACGAUUGUUUAAAUGUUAUGAUGGCGAUGGGAAUAAUAAAGAAAUCUGAUAAAGCAUACGAAUUCAUUGAGAACUCAAAUAAUCUUCAGAGUUAAGAAAUAAGAAGAUAAAUUGAUAACUUAUCAAUGGUAAAAUUUCUUAUUGAGUAAAAUUUAUAAGAGAAGAAAAAGGUGUUCUCUCAUUUAACCAAAAGAUAAGCCAAAUUAGAUAAAUUAGUUAAUAGGAAUCAGAAUUUAGAUGUAGAAGAACAAGAAUAGAUCUUCCAGUUUCCAUUGUUAGUCCUAAAAACUCAAAUCCAAGACAAUAUAUAGGUAGGAUAUAAUGAGUAAGAAGUAUUAGUUUAAUCAUAAAACAUCAUAAAUAUUUAGUAAGACUUAGACGUGAUAAUUGAGUUGAAUUUUGAUGAUUGA